AUGAAGCCUGUUGUGGGAGCCAUGCAGGCUUGGAGCUGCACCGUCAUCUCCGCCUUCGCCAUGCUCAUCCUCGGCAUCCUGUGCAUCCUCUUCAACAAGAACCAUCCGGAGCUCGUGGGCGGGACGGAGGAUCCGGAGGACGGGAAGGAGGUGGCGGCGACGGCUGGGAUGGCUAUUGCUAUUUAUGCUGCAUUCUUCAUCUUCUGCGGUCUCCAAGGGUUGUUGCAUUUGCGAGAGGGUAGGAGGGGGGCUAUUGCGCUAUGA